AUGUUCAAAUUCGCCGCACAACGCUCUGCCAUGAUGCGCCCCAGCGUUCUACGCUCUAUGAGAUUUCAAUCGACCGUAAAGUCGCUAGAUUCGCUCCAGGAAUUCCAAAAAGCUAUAUCCAACAAGAACCUCAGUGUCAUCGACUUCUACGCGACCUGGUGCGGUCCGUGUAAGGCCAUUGCUCCGCAUUUUGACAAGCUCAGUUCAAACCACACGGAUGUUGAUUUUUACCGCGUGGAUGUAGACGCUACACCAGAUGUGGCCGGUUACUGUGGGAUCAGUGCGAUGCCAACUUUUCUACUAGCUAAAGAAAGUCAAACCGUGGGCAAAAUCGUCGGGGCAAACGUCAGAGGACUCGAACAGGCCAUCCAGGAUUUGAAGAACUAA